AUGGAAAGCGCGUGUCGUGAUAUUGACGGAACGGACGAAACUGUUGGGAGGACAACGGUCCGUCACAUUUUGCACUUGUCCGACGUGCAUCUCAAUAUUUCGAAAUCGCUGAACGAUAGCGACUCGAACAAGAUUCCUAUUGCCUACGGUGAUGACGCACCAAUGAGUUUGUUGGUGUCGGUUUUGGAUUGCGCUAAGAAGUUGCUACCCAAUCCAGACUUUUUUCUCUAUACAGGAGAUCACGUUGUGCACGGAGAACUAUCGGACGAGUAA